GAUCCCACAAUGCUCUGCGGCUCGCGGUCCAACAUGGCGGCUGGAGAAUAGGUUCUAUUCAGGUAACGGGCCGACGGCGAAAGGGGAAGGAUGCCGAAGGUGGUGUCACGCAGCGUGGUGUGCUCCGACACCCGGGACCGCGAGGAGUACGACGAUGGCGAGAAGCCGUUACAUGUUUACUACUGUCUGUGUGGACAGAUGGUGCUGGUCCUUGAUUGCCACUUGGAGAAGCUGCCCAUGAGACCGCAGGAUAGAGCCCGUGUUAUCGAUGCAUCCAAACAUGCUCAUAAAUUCUGUAAUGUUGAGGAAGAUGAGAGCAUUUACCUGCGAAGGCCGCAAGGGAUCGAGAAGCAAUUUAGAAAAAAAUGUGGAAAAUGUGGCUUACUCCUAUUUUAUCAGCACCAACAGAAGAACACUCCAGUUACUUUCAUCGUGGAUGGUGCUUUGGUGAAGUUUGGCCAAGGGUUUGGUACCACAAGUAUAUAUAGUCAGAAACAGGAGCCUCCAAAGAAGGUGAUGAUGACGAAGAGGACCAAAGAUAUGGGCAAAUUUAGCUCUGUCACUGUCUCAACCAUUGAUGAAGAGGAGGAGGAGAUUGAAGCGAGGGAGAUUGCUGAUUCCUACGCCCAAAAUGCCAAAGUUAUUGAGAAGCAACUGGAACGGAAAGGCAUGAGCAAGAAGAGACUGCAGGAGCUGGCGGAACUAGAGGCUAAGAAAGCCAAGAUGAAAGGAACCUUGAUUGACAAUCAGUUCAAGUGAACAGUGAAUUCAAGAAAGUGGACUCCUGACACAAGACAUAGAGUACAACUGAGCAGCAUUAAAUGUACUUUCUUCCAUGUAAAAUACAGAGACUAUGAAUAGGUGGGGAGAAUGUAAAGUUUGUGUAUGAGGAAGGGAUUAUGUUGCACAUAUUUGUACAUUCCUACUGUAAGAUCUAUUAUUUAGGAAUACACUUGUAUAAAAAGACAUUCAUAUUUGA